AAUAAAGAAUAAAUGAAACUUGAUAGAUGUAAAAAAUGGAACGUCGACAGAAACAUAUUAGCAUUAUUUAAUACUAGAAAAGAAGCAGAAAAACGUCACUGCUUACCCUAACAAGCCUCCUUAAUUUAUAAACGAAAACACUUUCUUUAAUUUUUUUUUUUUUGUCACUUUCUUUAUGUUACCGUCUUUUUUAAUCAGAUAAUUUUUCCAACUUUACAACGAAUCACUGACUGAAACUCAGACAAAAUCCCAGCGAGCACAAAAUCAGACAAGAUCAGAUCCUGCUGACUCAUCACCAUCACCAUCACCAUCAUCAUCACUACUAGCUGGAAAAAUCUUUGUAUAAAAUAAGUAAACUUAAAGAAAACUACAGGUUUCUUACAUGGCCGAUUUUCAGGAGAAGAAGAGAAAGCGUCGUAAAGAGGUGAGAGUAGUUAGUAAUGAAGAAAACUUGGAGAAGAUAAUGCACAGAGAAGUUGAGAAACAAAGGAGACAAGAAAUGGCUUCUCUUUACGCGUCUCUUCGCUCUCUUCUCCCUCUUGAGUUCAUCCAGGGAAAGCGUUCUACCUCAGAUCAGUUGAACGAGGCGGUGAAUUACAUAAAUUAUCUUCAGAGGAACAUCAAGGACAUGAGUUCCAAGAGAGAUGAGCUCAUGUUAUUGUCUGGACAAAGCUUUGAGAGUAGAAAUAAACAAAGUAGGAAUGAUAAUUCGAAUCAUGUCGUGAUUCGUCCGUGUUUGGUCGGCGUAGAAAUCGUUUUCAGCGUUCUACAAACGCCGUUGUCAAGCGUGCUGCAUGUGCUUUCUGAACAUGGUCUCUAUGUUCUUAGCUGCUUCUCCUCCAAUGUGAAUGGCAGACUCAUUCACACUUUACAGGCUGAGGUCGACGAUCUGGCUUUAGUGGACUUUGCAGACCUUAAUGUAUACUUACUACGCUUACCCUAAUGAAGUAAACUUCCCUUAGCGAAUUGUUUUAACUUGUCAAACCCAAAACGCUGUAUAUAGCUAGUUUCUUUGUACUUGUACUGUGUAUUUGUAUGUAUCUGUGUGUUUACAGAUUUUGAAAUAGGGAAAUAAAUGUAAUUCCCUAUUUAAAAAGAUUUACGAACACAAAGAUAUCUUGUUGAAAAAUAAGAAAUAUCGGGAUCACACCAUAUUUCAACC